GGGAAGAAUGUUAUUUAUCGGAUAACGGCAUAACGCCGAACGUUGUUCGAUUCGUACCACCACCUCACUACCCGCCUCCAUGUCUGAUUCUACCCGACCUCGGACGCCUGAAUUGGGUAUUCGCAGAACUACUCCUCCUCCUUCUCCUCCUUCUCCAGAAUUCAACGAAUCAGACGCAAGACUAUCUCGAAAGCGCGAGCGCGAAGUCUCUUUGGAGCCUGUAGGGAACCCGUCAUCAGCUACAGGCCUUGAAGGAACUUUAGGCUCUGAACAAAAGGAAUCGUGGGCACCAGCAAAAAAGAAUCGAAUUCAUCUAGGCUCCACUGCAGAAGAGGAUGAUCUGGAUUCACGAUCCAGGUCUCAUUCGCCACCAUUGAGUACCUCGCCCCCAUACGAGAUGAAGAUCAAGGUCCGGCAAAUAAGCCAAGGGGUGGAGGAUCUGAGUUGGAAGAACCUUCGGCAAGGGCAGAAUGAGCAGGUUACCGAAUCUCAGGAAACGUCGAUGACCACAGACCCCGACGUGCAAACUAAUCAAGAGAACAAGCAGGAGAGCACAAGUUCGGACAAGGUUGUUUCAAGCCUGUCCGCCCCUCCUGGGAACGACCCAAAUGCAUCGCAUCGCGACUCGGAGACAGAUAACGGAGAGAAGGAUAAGGGUCUCAAGCGGAAAUUCAUCGAACGUGGGACGAGCGCAGGCCCGCAGGAAGGAGACACGCGAGACAGCUCUGCAGAGUCUACGAAGCGACAGAGGGAUGACUCUGAGAACGAUGAUAAUCCUCGAGAGACCAAGAGACUCACACCGCCUCCAGAAACCGAGAAGGUUUCUGCGUCGUCUCCUACCACUACAACGGCCCCGAAACCAGGAGGUUUCAUGGCCUACGCAUCUACAAGUUCUCCGUUUGCAGCAGUUAAAGGCCAAAAUAUCUUUGCCGCUUCCAAAUCCCCCUCCCCAAAACCACCGUCUACGUCUGCCAGUGACUCAACCUCAAAACCGCUCUCCACAUUGUACAAACCUCCUGAAGAAUCAUCAACAUUGACGACUCCGGCUAAACGAUCAGGUUUCGAAGCAUUUGCUUCUUCAACUGCUCCCUUCACUAACGUGACCAGAUCAAAAUCACCUUCUAUCGGCUUACCCUCCUCCUCCAAAUUUGGGCGAAGUAAAUCACCCGUAGGUUCUAGUAGUGCCUUUUCGGCAUAUGCCAGUGGAGGGAUGCAAGGGUUCGCAUUGCCUCCCCCCCAGAAACGAGCGAGAGCUGGUUCACCUGGGUCGUAUAGCUUGUUGGAACGAAAUUCAAGCGCGGUUGUUUUUGCCCUCGGAGGCGGUGACAGUAAUCAGGAUAGUCAGGAUAGUGGGGCUGAGGAUGAACGAACUCAUAGGGGAUUAUCUUCGUUCGGGGAGAAAUUACGAGCGGGGAAGGAUGAUGAUGAAGGUUCAGGAGGGGAAGAGGAUGGUUCAAAAGUGCAUCUGACGGAACAAGAAGUCACCACUGGCGAGGAAGAGGAGGAAACUAUUCACCAAGUCAGAGGAAAGCUAUUCGUUUUGGCAGAUGGUACAUGGAAAGAAAGAGGGACUGGGCUUCUCAAACUCAAUGUCCGUGCCUCGGAUGGCGGGGGCGCUCGAUUAGUAAUGCGUAAAGAGGCUGUCUAUACAGUCAUGCUCAAUAUUACCCUCUUCCACGGCAUGCGUUGCAUUUUGGCACAAGAUCCUCGGUAUCUUAGAUUCAGUGCGAUCGAGAACGGUGCAACGACGCACUAUAACCUCAGAUUAGCCAAUGCCAAAAUCAGCAAGGAACUUUUGGAGGAGAUACACGGGAAUCUUCCCUCUGUAUAAUGACUACCCUCUUCCAUGUAUACACACGACGUAAAACAAACUGGACGAUCUACGGGGUAGUACUACGGCUUUUGUUGACGAUUAUGUGAAUCACUUUGACCCUACUCAAACUGCAAUAGCCAAGAAUACCCUAAACGUUGCAAUGAUCUGACUUUCCGAGAGGGAGAUCUCGUUCUCCCCUCUUUCGUUCACCGUCUCGUUACACUUGCACGGCA